AUGGCUUCUGGUUUGUUUUUUUUUUACUUUCUAAUUUCACGCCUUUUGCAGAAGUUGAGAAAGACGAGUUUCAAAGUUGGUUGUCUAAGCAAAAUUUGGAAAAGAUUGGUGUAGGAAAUUUGACUCCUCUCACAGAAGAGGUUUGUUUUAAAACUUGUAAUUUCUUAUUCAAGAUUAUUUGAGGUUAUUUCCCGUCAAGCUACAAUUAAUAUUGGAACUAUUGGACAUGUAGCGCACGGAAAGUCGACGCUCGUCAAAGCGUUCUCAGGCGUACAUACUGUCAAGUUCAAGAAAGAGUUAGAGAGGAACAUUACUAUCAAGCUCGGCUAUGCGAAUGCCAAGAUCUAUCGCUGCUCUAACAUUGAAUGCCCACGGCCUGGGUGUUAUAGGUACAUUUUUUAAAACUGUCCUAUAAUUUCCUACAAAAAUUUUCUUGCAGAUCUGCGGGGUCUUCAACUCCUGACAAAUUCCCCUGUGAAAGACCCAACUGCGGGGGUCAGUUCACUUGUGUUCGACAUGUUUCAUUCGUUGACUGUCCUGGUCACGACAUUCUCAUGGCCACCAUGUUGAACGGAGCCGCGGUGAUGGACGCCGCAUUUUUACUUGUUGCUGGUGAGAUCAAAUUCAUUAUUUUCAAAGAAUUCAUGUUCAUACAGGUAAUGAGCCGUGUCCCCAGCCUCAGACCUCAGAACAUUUGGCGGCAGUUGAGAUUAUGCAGCUACGGCAUUUGAUGAUUUUGCAGAACAAGGUAUUUUUUUUCGAGUAUUCUUUUUCUCAAAAAUUGUUUUUUUUGUGAACUUUUUGCUCACAUUGUUCUUAAAGAGAAAGUAUUGAUUCGAAGGUUGACAUCAUCAAAGAGUCUCAAGCGCGUGAGAACUACGAACAAAUUGUCGGAUUCGUCCAAGGAACUGUCGCCGAAAAUGCACCCGUCAUUCCCAUCUCGGCACAACUGAAAUAUAAUGUCGAUGUAGGAGAUGAAAAAGCAAAUCUUUUCUCAACAACCUGAAUUCAGUUGGUCUGCGAGUACCUUUGUAAAAAGGUUCCAGUCCCUGUCCGAGAUUUCACUUCUCCCGCGCGACUCAUAAUCAUUCGUUCAUUCGACGUUAACAAACCCGGAUCUGAGGUCGAAAACUUGAAAGGAGGAGUUGCAGGCGGUACUCUCAUUAAAGGUAGGUUAUCAAAAACUAUAAUUCUAAUAUCACGAAGUGCGAUACCCGCUUGAGACUGGUGUCAUAUUGCGGCACUUUUACCUUCGAAAAUGAAUCCAAAGCGUCUACCGAUAACCCUGUGAUUUGUUAUUUCUUUCAUAGGGACUGUAUUAGAUGCACAAUCCGAUGAAUAACUCAUUUUAUAGGUAUCCUUCGCGUUGGUCAAGAGAUUGAAGUACGGCCAGGAAUCGUGUCAAAAACAGCAAACGGUCAACUUCAAUGCCGACCCAUUUUUUCAAGAAUCGAUUCUUUGUUUGCCGAGAAGAACAGUCUGGAAUACGCCGUUCCCGGAGGUUCGUUUUUACAAAAUUUUAGUUUAGGCUCGAUCGUUUUUAUUAUAUAGUUUUAUUGUCAAGAGUUCUGCACAUGUGUUCUUCAAGCGCCGUGAUUUAUGAACUAGCUGUUUCACUUUCCUUUUUUUUGCCCGCUGUGAUGAUUUUCUUAGUAGCUGAUUUUUUUUUCUCAACUUUCUAAAUCAUCCAAAUGUACUCAUGUGACAGGAUGAAGAGGCUGGAUAAUAAAAUACAUCAAAAAGUUUGAAAGAACCUAUGAUAAUGGGCUCAGUCGAUGGACCUAUGAACCCCAAUAUCUGAUGUUCAAUUCCGCGAAAUUCAAAAUAGCCGUGAAAAAGAUUACUAAAUUUUGGAGAUUCAAAUACCACUUUUCAAUUCACGGAAAUAACUUUGAACACGGCAUGAACUUCCGAUAUGGAAAAAUAAAUAAAAAAUAAUUGUUUUUAACCACGUGAAUAGUUUUUUUCUUCUCUUUUUUUGCCUAAAACUAUGAGCAAGUUUUAGGUCUUAUCGGUGUGGGAACCAAAAUCGAUCCGACUCUUUGCCGUGGUGAUCGGUUAGUGGGUCACAUCCUGGGAGCUGUGGGAACGUUGCCUGAUAUUUUCAUCGAGAUCGAAAUAACUUUCUACUUGCUGAGACGGCUGCUUGGUGUUCGUACGGAAGGAAACAAGAAAGGCGCCAAGGUACUUUAUCAUUAUAUUCAAAGAUUGGCGAGCACGGUAAAAAUGAAAAAUUUUUGAAUAUUUUCGUAAAUUUUUCGAUUGACAUAUUUUUGAAUGGUUCCGGGAUUUUAACUUUCUAAUUAUGGAUUCUUGCGUGAUAAAGUAAUCUAAUGAUUUUUGAAAAUCCGUUUUGAUCUUUUCGUGAGAUUUCCCAUUGUCCGUUAUGUUUCAGAAAUACUUGCGUAUGUAGCUUUCUGAAAAAAAAAACUCUAGUGAUAAUGCUGAUGAUUAUAGAGAAGUAAACGGCUUUGAAAGUUUCCGCCUUUCUUCCCUGUUCAUAUCUUGGAAAAUGAGAGCAUAAAAAUACAGAAAAUCAUAAGAUUUUAGUGCAAGACAGUUUUGCCCUGUAUCAUGAUUAUUCCGUUUUCCAAAGAAUCUUCAGCGUUUCAGUCUACGGUUAUAUUUUUGUCUUAAAGUUAAUUCUUUUUCAAAAAAAAGAAAACGAAAACAAUGUUGACUUCUACAUUUUUUUUUUCUAUAAAUGCUUGAAAAGAAUCUAUUUGCAAUAAUUUUUCCUGCCAAGUUUAGCUUUUUACGCAUAAUUUUUUCACUUUAAAAACGGACGCUAGGGUUGCAACAACUAACAGCUGAUUUUAAAAAUUUGUCUGGUAAACGUGAAGACAAUGUUAUUUGGAAUUUUUCAGGUUCAAAAAUUGGUGAAAGAAGAGACGUUAUUAGUGAAUAUUGGCUCCUUGUCGACUGGAGGAAGAGUGACAGCAGUGAAAGGGGAAGCCGCGAAGAUCCGCCUCAACGAACCCAUUUGCACUGAGGUGAGAUUUUCAAUUUUUGUAUUCUGUAUUGGAUUUUCAAAUUGGUUAGGUCGGCGAGAAAAUCGCAAUGUCGCGUCGGUUUGAGAAGAGUUGGCGUCUUAUCGGCUGGGGUACCAUCAGAAAAGGACAAACGGUUCCUCCUGUUACGGAUUAA